AAGGCUUUAGUAUCGGUCGAACAGCAUUUAAGCUAAGACGUGAAAUCUGUGCCGUAUGCUUAUUUAUGAUUAUGAGACAGACGUAUGAUUUGAUGAGAUUAACAACAAUAAAAAAAUAAUAAUAAAUAAAAAGCAAUAAUAAAUCAAAUUGUAGUUUUAGUUUUGCAAAUGACAAAAAUAAUUGCAAAAAAUCAUAAUAUCAAUUAAUCGGUUAUUUGUAUCCUUCAAACGAAAAGUUUUCCAAGCUCAAGUGUCAAGUGAAAAAAUAAUUUUUCAAAACAAUUUGAAAAAAUUCAAAACAACUUCAUUCAAGUGCAAUAUUUUCGUUAAUUUUUUUACGUAAAAUAAUUCAUAAAUUUCCCAACAAAAUAUUUAACAAAUGACAACUAUGCCUCCGGAAAUGUCCACAACGGCUACAAAUCCUUCGUCGGUAGAUUUGUCACCAGCUCGGGCGAACACCGACCCACUGGCCACGGCCUUGCAUGCAUCGCGAUCACGUUUUAUGAUAACGGAUAUUUUGUCAGCCCAACAAACACAUCAAGCAGCGGGUCCGGUAUCACCUCCAAAUCCUCAGCCACCACCGUACUCGCAUCAACAUCCGCAACAGCAACAUCAGGCCGCUUUACAACAUUACAUCGCUCAACAACAGCAUCUAUUACAACAACGUCAUCAUCGUCUUCAGUAUCGUCAUCAUCAAAAUAAUAAUUCUCCAAAUUCUUCACCACCGCCGCCGCCAGCACCACCACUUCACUCCUCCACAUCUUCGUUACAACAUCAUUUACCCCCACCACCGCCGUCGUCGUCUUCAUCAUCAUCACCAGCCGGAACCUCUUCACACUUUCCACCUUAUCAUCCUCAUGCCCUGGCCCAUUUACCGCAAUCGGCCUUAAUGGGAUUUUCCGUUGCCGGCGGACGUGAAAUGCUUGGUGCUGCCGCCAGUGCUCAUUAUGCCGCCAUGCAGCGCCACAAUGAACGAGAACGUUUGCGAGAUUUAGAUGAUCUGGCAUAUCGGACAGCAGCAACACAGAGCUCCCAAAAUCUGGAUCCCGACGACCGCUCACGCUCACCCCAGCCGUUAUAUUUGCGAAGUGAUCCUAGGGAUAUAGCCAUUGGCAGUAGUGCGGGAAAUGGUGGUAGUGGGGGUGUUGCGGGUGGAGGCGGCGGCGGUGAUAGCAGUGUAAGUGGCGACCAGGCCAGCACAAUAGACGAUAGUGACAGUGAUUGUGGUGCCAAAGACGAUGAUGGCCAGAGCAUUAAGAGCAAUGACAAUCUGAUGGGCUUAAGCAAAAAACAACGCAAGGCACGCACCGCAUUCACCGAUCAUCAACUGCAGACGCUGGAAAAGUCAUUCGAACGUCAGAAAUAUUUGAGUGUCCAGGAUCGUAUGGAAUUGGCUAAUAAAUUGGAAUUGAGUGAUUGUCAGGUUAAGACGUGGUAUCAAAAUCGAAGAACCAAAUGGAAACGACAGACCGCAGUGGGGUUGGAACUUUUGGCCGAGGCCGGAAACUAUGCUGCCUUUCAACGACUCUACGGUGGAUCACCGUAUCUCAGUGCAUGGCCAUAUGCUCAUACCCCGCCAAGUCAUCACCUGGGUACAAAUUCCCCCAUAGAUUUAUAUUAUCGUCAGGCGGCAGCAGCUGCAGUACUACAAAAACCCUUAUCGUAUCGUAUGUACCCCUCUAUGAGUCACAUAAAUCCACUGUCCAGCAAUGGUUUGGCUAGUAUGCCUCUAACACCGACACCCAUGUCUCAACUUAGUGCUUCCAAUUCUUUGCAAUCGCUUAGUAGCUAUUAUCACACAGCUACACAAGCAUUUGGUUCUACAAACAGUUCUUCGCCGACAAACAGUUCGCAUCUACGCCUCAAUAAAAGUCCCAGCCGAAGUGGCGAUGACAACGAGACGGAGGCGAGUAAUCGCAAAAGUGUAGAAAUUAUUGAACGUUCCUGCAGUCCACCAUUGAAUCCGGGCAGUCCACCGGAAAGGCAUGAAUCUCAUAAAACAACCGGUAGUAAUAGUAGUUGCUCAUCCAUUACCGUCAAUAAUAAAACAACAGCAACAGCAUCAAAUGCACCAACAACAACGGCAGCUACGGCGACCACUCUAAGCGAUAAUGAAGCGGAUGAUGAAGAUGACGCCAUCGAAGUGUGAAAUGCAUUCGAGCAACCGCCAACCAUUUACGAAGCAACCUGCCAUAAAAUGUGUUUUUACGUGAACGUCAGUCAGUCGGGCCAAUGCCAUAGCAAAAUAGAACAAUUCUCUUCCCUGUGCAGGCGAGACAGAGAGGGAGGACAAGUGGCAAAAAGAUAGAAGCCAAAUCUGCAGAUGCCAAAGAAUUCACACACGUUUUGAGACGUUUAAAUGGAUGAGGUGCUGAGAUAUUCGGAAGUCAUGGACUUCUGGUAUAAUUUCCGUGUAUAUGGAUCUCAAAUUAUUAUUUUGUAUAUAAUUGUAUUAUAUUUAGAUGUUAGAUAAAUAAUAAAUAAACACAAAU